UGUACGAACUACGAACCCUAUGUUCUGGUAGGCUUGGCUUGGAGCGAGUUUCUUUUUGUCAGCGGUUAGAGAAACAGAGAGAGAGAGAGAGAGCUGCGGCAGCGAGCAGGCAAACAACACAGACAGCGAGAAAAAAAAAAAAACUGGACAAUGGUGAUAUACUUUACAAAUUGACACUACAAAUGCAGCCAUGGCACAGAGAGGGUCAGCUAACUAACAACACAGCAGUCAAGGAAACUUAAAGAAGAAACCUGUUCUGUGUUAUUCGCGUGCGUGGAAGGAAAGACAAGUGUGCAAGACUUGCACUCGCCUUCUGUAGUGAAUUAUCACAAGUUUUUUUUUUUUUUUUUAUGUAGCUGGAAAUUGUGAAUAAUAUUUAUACUGGCUUUAAUGUGUACCAUUAUUGCCUUUUUUAAUUGCAACCGUGCAGAAGAAUUGCAUGGCAAGGCGUCAGCGCUGGAGGAAAUGAUAAUGCCUCAAUAAAGAAGAUACUAAUAAUACAACGUGUAUUGCGGAACAAGCACUGGGGUGAAGAACGCCAAGCAAGACGAAGAGAAUGGCUUCGAAGGAAAGAUUAUACGAACUGUGGAUGCUGUACUUAAACAAGAAGGACCUUGUCUACCUGCAGCAGUGGCUGGAGGUGUUUGUGACCUCGUUUGAGAAAAUCAUUGAUGUCAACUCCUUGGAUCCCAGGCGACCGGAGGAGUCUGCCUCGGAGAUCCCCCUGCUCCCCCGAGACUUGCUGCAAGUUCUGAACAGUCAGCUUGCCCACAGCACCCAGCGCCUGAGCAGCAAGCAGCAGGAUGAGGAUGAGGAUGAGGAGAAGGAGAAGGAGAAGGAGAAGGAGAAGGAGAGUGGAGUGGGACAGGCCCUACUGCUUAUCAAGUUCCUUAUCAUCAUCUGCAGGAAUCUUGAGAAUAUUGAAGCUAACCAAACUCCAGGUUUCAUCUACGAGACAAUGAGACUUCUCUCUUUCUGCAUCACUGAGCUGAAGAGCAUUGCAGGGGAGAACGGCCCCCUGGAGUCAGUGGUCCUGUAUGGUGUGCACCUGUGUGAGUGUGUGUUCGACCCCUACCAGACCUGGAGGAGGCAGCUGACCGGGGAGGUUGUGAGCGUGCAGGAGAGGAGCAAGUACAAGUUCUCACCCGUCUCGCUGCCAGAGGAGUUCACAGCAUUUUUCCACGAGAGCUUCAAGGACAGUGAGAAUCUGCCAGAGAUCCUGAGGGUGCGAUUGGUCCAUCUGUAUGGUGCCAUCAUCAGUGGCUGCAAGAGUAAUGCCCUGCUGGCCAUCGUCCCCUCAUCAGUGGGUGACCUCAUGGGGGUCCUCAGUUCCUGCUGUUGCACAGGUAACCAGGAGAUGAAGGACCCCCGGCUGCUGCAGCUGACCCUGAAGUGCCUGACUGCCAUGAUCCACCUCCUGCACGCCAGCAACCUGGACCAGCGGCAAGUGGACAUCAGAACCGUGCUGGACAGCUACUUCCGAGUCCUCAACUCAGACCGCCUUGGUGCAAGGGCUGGAGCUGCGGCUGAGGCUGGGGCUGGGGAGGGGGAGGCAAGAGACUGGGAGGACCGGCUUAUCACCCUCCGCACCAGUAUGCUCAGUGCCAUCCCAGAGAUGUUAAACUGCGCUGAUCGGCCGGUUCUUCAGGCCAUAUUUCUGAAUAACAACUGUUUCGAGCACAUUCUGAGACUGAUACAGAACAGCAAGCUCUAUGUGAGCAGUAGGUGUAAGAUGGAGUGCAAUGGUGCAUGUGAUCUCACUGCACAGUUACUGACAGAAAUUGAUAUCAACCAGGUGUUUGAGAGAGGCUCAGACUCCAUCACUGUCCACGCUCUCAGAGUCCUCACUGCCAUCAUGACCAGCUCUCCGUCUGCAAAGGAGGUUUUCAAGGAGAGGGUUGGCUACUCUCACCUCUAUGAUGUGCUGCAGAGCCAGGGCCAGCCAACCAGACGACUCCUCCAGGAGCUCAUGAAUAUGGCUGUGGAAGGAGACCACACUCAGGUUCCGGCUGUGCGGAUCAACAAUGAGCAGCCUCUCCUCCUGCUGGUGCAGUGGAUCCCUAAGCUCACCUCCCGUGACCUGCAGGUGCUGCUCUCUGAUUGGCUGGGCCGGGCCUGCGGGGGCACGCUGCAAGACCGCACCACCGCGGUGCAGGCAGGGCUCGUGAGUGCUCUCCUGGAUGUGCUCUCUGACCACCACUGCCUGGACAGGAAGUGUGCAGACCAGCUGAUCGGGCUGCUGCAGUCACUGGGUGCCCUUUCCUUACCCCCCGGGGAGCUCAAGCGCCUGCUCCUGCUGCUGAGGCCAGAGUCGGAGGCCCCAGGGGCCACGCACCCCUACUGCGACCGCAUGGUGCAGGCCCUGUCUGCCAUGGCCGGGCACGAGGGGGUGGACAGCGCCUUGCAGUACUUCGACCUGACACCCAGCAUGGCCGGUAUCAUGGUCCCUGCUAUCCAGCGCUGGCCUGGCUACGGCUUCUCCUUCCACGCCUGGCUCUGCCUCAACAUGCAGCGUCCACAGGGGCUGACCCCGCAGCGCAGACUGGGCAAAGGACCACGCAGGAAACAGCUCUACAGUUUCUUCACGGCGAGCGGGACUGGGAUCGAGGCUUUCUUCACGGCUGAGGGUAUGCUGGUGGUGGCAGUCUGCACCAAGAAAGACUACAUGACCGUCGCUUUACCCGAGGUGUCCUUCAGUGACUCGGCCUGGCAUUCGGUAGAUAUUGUGCACAUUGCCGGGCGGCGCCCCUUCGGUCAGAACCUGGUCAAUAUCUUUGUGGAUGGACUGCUGUGCAAGUCUGCUCAGCUCAGAGUCCCGUCCCUCAGUGAGGCUUUCACCUCCUGCUGUAUUGGAUCUGCCGGCCACCGAACCACCACAACAACAACCCCCACCACAACAACCCCCACCCUGCCCUCCUCCUCGCACCCCCUAGACUUCUCCUUCCCGAGCCACGCACCCCCCUUGAGCCGCUCCCAGUCCUUCCCAGCCUCCUUCUCCGGACCCCCCACCCGGGACUGCCUGGUCCACACCAUCCCUGCGGGGAACCAGGACGCAGAGUGGGGGACUCCCUCCUCCCUGGGGGGCAUGCUGGGCACUGCCUUCGUCUGCCACGAGGCCCUGCAGCCCGCCCAGGUCAAGGCUCUGCACAGCGCAGGACCCAACAGCGUGACCCCCUUCAAGCCAGACGGGGAGAUGUUGGACCUCAACAGCAAACUGCUGCUCUGCUACACUCCAAAGGCCUGUAAAAACCACAUCUGCCUCGACCUGUCUCCUAACCACCAGUAUGAUGGAAGACUGACUGGGCACAAAGUGGUAAACUGGGACGUCAAGGAUGUGAUAAACUGCGUGGGAGGGAUGGGUGUGCUACUGCCCAUGUUGGAACAGGUGGGCUGCAAGGUGGAGGAGUCAGAGACCCCACAAGAAACCACAGACCUGGUGGGACCCGAGCUCACCUCCUCCCGCAACACCCCCAGCAUGCUGCUGCCGCUGGGCAAGUCCUCAGAGGGCAGGCUGGAGCGGAACAGCGUGGCCGCCUUCCUGCUGAUGGUGAAGAACUUCCUGCGACACCAUCCAGUCAAUCAGGAGAGCCUGGUGCAGUGUCAGGGGCCGGCCAUCAUGGGGGCGCUGUUGCAGAAGGUGCCAAGCCAGCUGAUAGACAUGAACGUGUUGAGGGCGUGCCAGUUCCUGAUAGAGCAGACGUGCAGUGAGGGGAACAAUGUCCUGCUGCACUACCUCUACCAGCACCUGCUCUUUGACUUCCGCAUCUGGAGCCAUGGCGACUUCGCUGUCCGCCUCGGACACAUUCAGUAUGUAUCGUCCAUCAUCAAAGACAACAAGCAGCGGAUCCGCAGGAAAUACGGAGUGCAGUACGUCCUGGACUCCAUCAGGACGCACUACGGGGGUGAGAAGGACGGUGCGGUCCCAAUGGAUGAUGUGCGGACGGUGCAGACUUCUCUCUUCCAGCUGGUCCGAGAGUUCCUAUCGCGGGCUGUGGCUCCGGAGGAGCUGCAGAGCAUCCUGUCAUAUGCAGCCGCCGUCCAGGACGAGCAGCAGGUGUGCGGUGUUCUGGAGGUGAUCCACGGGCUGCUACGCGGAGGCCCCACACGGGAGCAGCUCUUUGGACUGCUCUUCGACACAGGCCACAUCGAGGUGCUGUACUCCCUCCUCCUGCAGAAGAAAUACAGCGACGAGCUGAGGGAGAGGGUCUUCAAGAUCCUGUAUAAGAUCUUGAAGUUUGAUAAGGUUCCCGAGAGGAGUAAGCACCGUCUGAAGCUGAAGGACAUUGGCUACCAAGGCCUGAUCAGCUGCCUAAACGAGGUCCCAGUCUCCAUGUCUCUCAUUCGCUGUCUCUCAGAGCAGGUCCUCGUCGCAGAUGUGAACCCCAACUACCGGGAUCUGAUCGCAGUGGUGUACCUGUCUCACAGAGCGGAUCUCACUGUCAGACUGGAUGUCUGUCGCAAGCUCUUCCACCUCAUCUACUCGAACCAGGACAACGUACGUCAGCUGGCGCGGCAGGCUGGCUGGCAGGACACUCUGACCAUGCUGUACGUGAAGGAGUCGUACAAGUCUCGGGCAGCCAGCCUCUCCAGCUCCCUAAACAGUGACACACUGGACCUGCAACGACAGGACUCUUCCAUGCUGGAGAACCCCCAGGAGACAAGGGCAAAGGGAAUUGGAACGGGAGGAGAGCUGUCCGACGUCUUCCUGCCCUUCGGCUAUGAGUCCCCCGACUUGAAUGUCUCUGAAGGCUUCUCUGCCCUCUCUCUGUCUCCAUGCAACAGCAGUUGCCCCCAGAGGAUAAAGAUAAAAUCGUGCGGGAACUCCUUCGACUCCCAGGACGUGACCAGCCACUCCUCCUCCAACACCAUUGAUAUCCCCGGGGCCCAGGAGGAGGAGUUGCUGUACUCCCCAUUCUCUCCCUUUGGGUCCUCCCCCUUUGAGCUGGGCCUGGAGCUGGCCAGCACUGGCUCGCUGGCCACCGUGGAGAGCGGCAGCCACACCCCCGUCAGCCAGGCUGACACCCCCUCCCCCCUGGAGGCCUUCAAACCCUUCCCAGGCAUGAGGGUACGCAAGAGCUCCAGUCUGUCCAACGUGCUGGAUGAGAGCAGCUUCCAGGAGCCCCAUCCUGGGGACAACACCUCCAACACCAGCAACCCCCAGCAAACCCCGGAGGAGGAGCUAUGUAACCUGCUCACUAACAUCGUGUUCUCUGUGACAUGGCGUGGGGUGGAAGGCAGUGACGACACUGUCUGGAAGGAGCGUGGGCAGGUCUUCUCCGUCCUCACCAAGCUGGGCUCGUCCUGCGAGCUCGUCCGGCCCCCCGACGACAUCAAGCGCAGCCUGUUGGAGAUGAUGCUGGAGUCUGCCUUUUCAGACAUCAAGGACUCCACGGGGGCCGCACUGCCUGGCCACCUCCAGAACGUGGUCAAGCUGCUUCGCCUUCUGCAGGACUUCCUCUUCGCCGAGGGCCACGCCAACCAGGCGCUCUGGAGUGAGAAGAUUUUUGAAGGGGUGGUAAAUCUGCUGGACAAGCUGCAGGCCUGGUACUACCCUGUGAACGGGGCCACAGACAUGAGGGAGAUGCCCCAGAUCGGCCUGCGCAUCAUCACUGGCUACAUCCAGCAGCAGAAUGCACAGGUGUGUGCGAUGGCCUGUGUGAAGCUGCACAGUCUCUUGCAGACAGUGAUGUCUCUGCGGACGGAGGAGGUCUGCUUCCUACUGGGCAGGCUGGGCGGGCCGCUCUCUCACUCGCUGGCGGCUGGGCAUGCAGACUCCUUCACGUACCUGGUUCCUAUAGUGAGAACCCUGCUGGACCAGCACUAUGAGAUGCUGCAGCUGCAGCACCUCCUGCCCAACAUGCCCCCCACCAAUGGCAGCGCCACCCUGUUUGAGGACCUGCAGAACUACUGCAGGACCGUCGAGUGGCAGACCUUCAUCGAGAAGCAUGUCCAGCCUGUCAUGGCUCAGUAUGAAGAUGAUACGUUUGGGAAGAGCCACGACCUGAUGUCUAACUUCUGGAACUCUUGUUUCGACGCACUGAUGAGCAGCUCUCUGCGGAGAGAGAAGGAGAAGGCUGAUAGCAGGACCAAGUUCCAGGAGUUGAUUGUGGAGCCCUACCUGAAGAGGAUGCGCUCUGAGAACCUGCGCUAUGCAAAUAUGCUGAAGCAGAUCAACAACCACCACAGUGCUGUGCUGCGACAGUGGAGAUCCCUGAGGAGGCUGCUGACCUGCCAGAGAGGGGCCUGGGCAGAGAGGAAGGAGGUGGAGGUGAGGUGGAAGCUGUCGAGCGCAGAGACCUACUCCAAAAUGAGGCUGAAGCUGGUCCCCAAUUACAGCUUUGAUUCUCAUUCUGUGGCCAGUGCUCUGCGGGACAACAUGGGUGCAGACCACCUGCACAGCCCCACAGAGUCUAUCCCACUGGCCGUGGCCAAAGAGGCUAAGGUUAGCGAGAUGGAGGACGACCAACUGGGAGAUGAGGACCUGGUCUUUCUGGACAAUCAGGUGGAUGAGGAGGAGCAGAAUCAGAAAGAGAAGCUGGUGAUCUCAGAGGACUGUGAGCUCAUCACCAUUGUUGCUGUGAUACAGGGUCGUCUGGAGGUCACCACACAUCACAUCUAUUUCUACGACGGCAGUACGGAGAAGGAGGAGACUGAGGAAGGAAUUGGGUUGGAUUUCAAGCGGCCUCUGUCCCAGCUGAGGGAGGUGCACCUGCGACGCUACAACCUGCGCAGGUCAGCCCUGGAGCUGUUCUUCAUCGACCAGGCACACUACUUCAUCAACUUCAAGAAGAAGGUUCGAAACAAAGUGUACUCUCGGAUCCUGGGUCUCCGCCCUCCCAACCUCUUCUACUUUGGGUCUCGCUCACCCCAGGAGCUGCUCAAAGCGUCCGGGCUCACACAGAAAUGGGUGUUCAGGGAGAUCUCCAACUUCGAGUACCUGAUGCAGCUGAACACCAUCGCUGGCAGGACCUACAACGACCUCUCUCAGUACCCUGUGUUCCCCUGGAUCCUGUAUGAUUACAGCUCUGAUACUCUCGAUCUAGACAACCCUGCCACCUUCCGUGACCUCUCCAAACCCAUCGGAGUGGUCAACAGCCGGCACGCCAAGGACGUGAAGGAAAAGUACGAGAGUUUUGAGGACUCCACAGGCACCAUUGAUAAAUUCCACUACGGCACACACUACUCCAACGCAGCGGGAGUCAUGCACUAUAUGAUCCGGACUGAGCCCUUUACCACCCUGCACAUCCAGCUGCAGAGCGGCAGGUUUGACUGUGCAGACAGGCAGUUCCACUCUGUGCACGCAGCCUGGCAGGCACGCGUGGAGAACCCCGUGGACGUGAAGGAGUUAAUCCCAGAGUUCUUCUACUUCCCAGAGUUCCUGGAGAACAUGAACGGUUUCGACCUCGGCUCCCUGCAGAUGUCUUUAGAUAAAGUGCACAACGUUGUUCUACCAAAGUGGGCUGAAUCCAGGGAGGACUUCAUCCGGAAGCACAGGAAAGCACUGGAGUGUGAGCAUGUGUCUGGCCACCUGCACGAGUGGAUUGACCUGAUCUUCGGCUACAAGCAGAGGGGACCCGCUGCGGUGGAAGCACUCAACGUCUUCUACUACUGCACCUACGAGGGUGCUGUGGACCUGGACGCCAUUGCAGAUGAAACAGAGAGGAAGGCUCUGGAGGGGAUCAUCAGCAACUUUGGACAGACUCCCUGCCAGCUGCUGAGGGAGCCCCAUCCUCCCCGGCUGUCUGCGGAGAACGCUGUGCGGCGACUGGCUCGCUUUGAGAACAACCCCCCCAACCUCCUGGACCACCUGUCUCAGCUCAAGGCCUUCGUAGAGAGUAUCAGUGAUAACGUUUCCCUGGUGCAGGCUGUGGUUCCCAAAAACCAGGCCCGUUCUUUCAUUACCCAGGGCUACCCGGACCUGCUGGUCACAGUCAGUGCCAGUGGAUUGCUGGGAACUCACAGCUGGCUGCCGUAUGAUAAAAACAUUGCCAACUACUUCAGCUUCAGCAAGGACCCUACUGUCUCCAACCCCAAGACCCAGCGUUUCCUGUCGGGACCCCUGUCCCCUGAUGUGGAGCUCACCUCAAAGAUCCUGGUGGUGUCUCACGACGGAAAGCUGCUAUUCAGCGGGGGGCACUGGGACAACAGCUUGCGGGUGACUGCACUGGGCAAGGGGAAGGUGGUUGGGCAGCUCUGCAGGCACAUCGACAUCGUGACAUGCCUGGCGCUGGACCUCUGUGGAAUCUACCUCAUCUCUGGCUCACGGGACACCACCUGCAUGGUGUGGCAGGUCCAACAGCAGGGUGGUUUUGCCUGUGGUCUGGCUCCAAAGCCAGUUCAGGUCCUCUAUGGACACAACGAUGAGGUCACCUGUGUGGCCAUCAGCACUGAGCUGGACAUGGCGGUCUCGGGGUCAAAGGACGGCUCAUUGAUCGUGCACAGUGUGCGGCGGGGGCAGUUCAUGCGGACCUUGCAGCCAGCCUGUGAGCGCUCUCUCCCGGUCACUAUCUCUGACCUGGUCGUGGGGCUGGAGGGCCAUAUCGUCACACAGACCAUCCUGCAGGGGAGGAGCACCGUCAAGGACAAGUUCUCCCUGCACGUGUACUCGAUUAACGGAAAGCUGCUUGCAUCGGUGGUUCUGGAGGAGCAGGUGUCGGCGAUGUGCCUGUCUCAGGAGCACGUCAUCCUGGGUACAGUGCAGGGCUCCCUCUGCAUCCGAGACCUCUACAGUCUGAAGUUGAUGAUGAGCCCUUUGGCGCUGAAGGUACCGGUCCACAGCGUAUCCAUCACCAAGGAGAACAGCCACAUCCUGGUGGGACUGGGAGACGGCAAGCUCAUUGUGGUGGGGGCCGGGCAGCCCUCUGAGGUGAAGACGGGCCAGUUCACUCGGAAGCUGUGGGGCUCGAAGCGCCGCAUCACUCGGAUCUCCUCGGGGGAGACAGAGUACAACCCCACAGAGACUGCUGAGAAAUAAAGCUGCAGCCACAACGCACCGGACAGGAGGCUGGGGAGAAAUCCCAGCGCAAAGCACUUGUCAGAUUAAAAUGGAAUGGAAGCUCCCUCCCAAAGACUCCACAGCCAGCCGAGAGAACAAGCCUGGGUGGGGGAGACCCUGACUCCUGCUCUCUCGCCGCCUGCUUGCCACUUCAGAGUGGUUUCUGGAGUAGUUUCCAGGAAAAAAAGGAAGGUGUUUCUUUAUUUAUUUUAAAUGUUUUUAUAUUCUUUUUCAAAAAACUUCACAUUCCCAUUGCAUUGAAAGUUCACUGUUUUUAUCACCAAGACAAGACCACCUGUAUUUUUGUUUAUGCAUAUACAUACAUACACACAUACAUACAUACUGUACUGUAUACGUGAUGUGACCAUACAGGGCAUGUUUACUCCAUAUAUACUGUUACCCCUAAAAAGCAUUGAAUCUGUGUUCAAAGACUUACAAACACAGAUAAACAAAGCGAACAUGGAGGGGGGAAAAACUAAACAGCUCUGUAUUCAGGGAGAAAACCGGAUCCCGUAGGAUCAAAUUCACUUUGCACUAUACAAUCUCCACAGUUCCCACUAUACUGUACGAAUACAUGUCUCUGUGUGUAGAAAUGAUUGCAUUCAGUGUCAGGCACACAUACGAGUUAUAAACAUACUGUGUGUGUGUGUGUGUGUGUGUGUGUGUCUAUAUAUAUAUAUAUAUAUAUAUAUAUAUAUAUAUAUAUAUAUACACACAAAAUAAUAAUAAUAAUCCAGGGAUAGGAAUUUUGCAUGUUCAGUCACUGCAGAAGAACAGGUGGAUGGUGUUGGGAGACCUGGAGUGUGUGCACUGGGGAAACCUGGUGGGUUUAGGAGGAAGCUCUACAUGGAAAGUGUGGACAGUCCUGCUGUUUCUUUGUUUUGUUAUGUUGUCUUUGUUCAGGGUCUAAAACCUCAUUACAUUCCCCUUUCUUCUUUUUGAAUUUAAACAGACAUGGGCCUGCAUCAGGUCAGGUUUUGAUCUACUGUGAAGUGUGAAUGGCAAUCAAAGCUGCAGACAAAAGGUUAAGUUUGUAUAGAUGCAGAAUCUGUAUUUCUGGAAAACCUAGAAGUGGCCUAAAUUAGUCAGUUAAUCAUGGUUAGGCAAUUAACCCCAGCUCAGCCCCACCUUACCGUCUGCCGUUUAACAUAAUCUACUAUUUCAUAUUGAAUAAUGUCCCUUCCACAGACAGGAAUGCUUGUUCCACAGCGCCCCCGGUGGCCAGUAGUGUUUCCAACAUGUUGUCAGAGACAACAUCACUUGUAUCUGCUGUUCCACAUUGCAGCUGUAGGGGUCGCUGUUGGCACCCUAGUGGCGUGAUGAGGAAAGAGCACCCAACACACUCUGUGUACAUGAAUUUUGUUAAGAUGCAUCAAUGCUUUAACAAAGGUAUUUGAAACUACUGAUUAUACCGUCUUGCCAAAAUACUACUGAUUUGUUUUCUUUAAAGAUUAUUUUGCAGUUUUACGUUAACUAAAUGCUGGAUACAGCUAUUGUCAGUAAGGUCAACUUAAUGUCUGUUGGUCUUGUAGUACUGGUUCUCCAGCGAGAGCUUCAGGGUGCCGGCUGAGGAAACAGUGCCAGAUGGAGAAUGAUAGUGUCUGUGCCUGUUUGUCUGUGUGUUAGUGUAUUGGGCCUGCCUCAUCUUGUUACUCAAACUGCAAAUAACUCUUUAUAACAGCAAGCCAUAUGAAACAGGGUUGUAAAAUGUAUUCAGGCGCUGUAUUGACUUUCAUGCCACAGUAUUGACACUUGUGGUGCUUGUGGUUGUCUAUGUAUCUGUAUUUUUAAACCACUGUAACACUGUUUUAAAUUGUCACUGUUGCACCAUGUAAGGAUGAUUUCUUCUCGCGCGGGGGGGGGGGGUGUUGUGCAAUAAUAAUAAUAAUAAAAUAAUAAAUCAAUAUGUUGAGAGGGGUAUUUUUAUAUCUCUUACUGUAAAAACGAUUUUGUAUGGACUUGCAUGCAGAGGUUGGAAUUUGAUGUAUAUCUGAAUGUGUUCCUCCUGUUUCUGUAUGUUUGUUUUUUUUAAAUACUUUUAUUUUCUCACAAUGUACUUGAGCACUGCAAGUUUUAAUGCAGUAGCAACUGGGUAAAUGUGGCGCCGUUUUUUUAUAUAUAUUGUUAACUCAUUCCUUUGUGAUACCUGAUUUUCACUUGGUCUCUUUGUUGUGAGGUGCUUUUCCUGGUUUAAUGAUUUGUUGAACUCUUAUCGGGAAGGAAAACUAUGUGACUCAGCUCUGUGUGUCUCCAGGAUGCUAAUGCUGUCUGUAUACAUUUGUAAAAAAAAAAAAAAAAUGCAGAGCACAAUCAUUUAAAGGAUGCCUUAAACACAGACGAGCCAGCCUUACCUUGAACGAUAUCGCUGUCUUUGUUUAAUUACUGUGGUGAUGUUUGUGAUCGUUCCUUUAGAACGAACAGGAAAAAAAUAAAAGAUGGUUCUAUUAAA